AUCUCUAAUUAAAGCCCUUAAAAACCGCAAAGAGUUGACAAAAAAAAGUAAUAAUAAUUUUACAGAAAGUAAUAAAACGAAUAAACUAAUAAAUACAAUGUUGGAAAUAAAGUACAAAUGACACAAUUUGACAAUAUAUUUAACUACAGGCCGAAAAGAAAAUAAUUUGAAAUUCUUCACGGCUCUGGAUUAUUGAAUUAAAAAAAAAAAAAAACAUAAAAAAAUACCAAUUUCUUCACAAGAUGCGACAAAUCAUAGGAAAAACAUUAAUAUCAAUGCGUCGUUCAAUAUUCAAUAAUUUUCAAUGUUUGAGAUAUUCUCAUCAACAGGAAAAAAAAAUUCUCGAACAAUUAAAAAAUCGUUCACUUCUUUUAUUAAAUGGUCCUGAUUCAUCAAAUCUUCUACAAGGACUCAUUACAAAUGAUAUGCAACAUUUUAAUAAUGGUACUGCAAAUAUUUAUACAUUAUUUUUAAAUAUCAAAGGUCGUGUACUUUAUGAUUCAAUAAUUUAUAAACAUCCCGAAUUAAAUGAUUCUUAUUAUAUUGAAUGUGAUAAAAAUAUUCAAGAACAAUUGCAUCGACAUUUAAAUAUGUAUCGAUUAAGACGUAAAGUUGAAAUUAAAUCACUCGAUAGUAAAAUGAAUAUUUGGACUUUAUUUAAUCCAAAUUUACAUGAGAAAACAGUGAAUCAAACAAAAUUUGAAGGACGUAUUUUUCCAUGUGGCAAUAAUGAUAAUAGUAAUAGUACUAAUAAUAAUAAUAAUAAUAAUACAUCGAGUAAAAAAAUGGAUAAAAUUUCAAUAUACGAAGAUCCAAGACUUGUGAAUUUGGGUUUGAGAAUUCUUACAGAAAUUGAUGUGAAACGUGAUGAUAUUGUAAAAAAUUUCGAAUCAGAAAUUGAAUUGACAAGAAAAAAUUCAAAUUAUCAUGAAUUUCGUUAUAAAUUGGGAAUUGCCGAAGGUGUUGAUGAUUUACCACCGGGAAAACCAUUACCAUUGGAUAUUAAUGGUGAUUAUUUGCAUGGAAUUAGUUUUCAUAAGGGUUGUUAUAUUGGACAGGAAUUAACAGCUCGUACACAUUAUACGGGUAUUGUGAGAAAAAGAUUAAUGCCAUUAUUAUUUAAUGAUGUGCCAAAAAAUUUAUUAAACUAUGACGAGACAAUAGUUAAUGAAUUGGGUAAACCAGUUGGUAAAUUUCGUGGUAUUGUUAAUCAAUAUGGAUUGGGUUUAGUGAGAAUUUCCGAGGCAUUAAAUUCACAAUCACUUGAAAUUUGUGGUACAAAAGUGACGAUUUUUAAGCCAUUUUGGUGGCCACAAGAGGCGCAAAAACAAGAAAUUUCUGCAAAAAGCAAUAAAUGAGUCUUUGAUUUUAUAAAA